GCGUGUGAAACGAUAUGCGAAAUACAGUAAAUACACAAAUAUUUCAUUUCAUCUGGUCCAAUUCACAAUCUUUACUGUUUUUCAAGACAGAUAGGUUGUUUUUAUUUCAAAAUGCCACGAAGUAAGCAUUCUGAAUCUCGUUCAAGAAGCAGAAGUGCUUCACCUCGUCGAAAAAGCAAAAAGGAUAAAAGUUAUCGACGUAGAAGUCGAAGUAAAAGCCGGUCACCAGUGAAAAGGCGAUCGACUUCACCCGUUCCAAGCAGUUACAGACGUAAACGAAGUAGACGCUCUAAAACACGCUCACCCAGUGUAGAUAGAUUUGGUAGGACUGUUAAGAAGGUUGAUAAAAGAGAUGAAAGCAGUAAGCUUGAGGAAAUGGAAAAACAACGCAAACUCCGUGCUGCGGAACGUCAAAAAAUGAUUGUUGAAGAAGAAGUUGCGAAAAAAGUAGAAGAAAUGGUUGCAAAACGUGUUGAAGAAGAGUUGGCAAAACGUAAAGAUGAAAUUGAGCAAGAAGUGCUUCGAAGGGUGGAAGAAGCAAAGUCUGUUAUGGAAAAGCAAAUACUUGAAGAAUUUGAGAAAAAGAGAUCUGAAGAACAAGAAUUUCAGCAGAAAAAGGAGGAGCAAGAAAGAAAAGAAAGAGAACGGUUGGAAAAAACUAUUGAAUCAAAAAAUUCAGAAAUUGAAGAAAUGAGACAUACUUUGGCAGAAGAACGUUUAGCAAUGGUGGAAGAAAGACGAAAGUUGAUUGAGCAAAAACGCGUUGCCGAACAGGAAAUGAAAAAACAGGAAAAAUGGGCUCAAGAAGUGAUUCUGAAUAAAACAAAAAAUGCUAGGCCCAAAUUGAGUUUUGCGUUAAAAUCGAAAGAUGGUUUUUAGGCAAAAGCUAGUUGAUAUAAUUCCAAUUUAGGCACGUCUGUUUUUGUUGCACAGUUUGAGUAACUAAACCCCAGGUAUUAUAUUUAUUUUCUUUUCUUUUAGUUUUAUUACAAAAAUGUAUAUAAUAUAUGUAUGUUUGUGUGUCAAAUGAAAAUUGCUUAUUGACAGAAAUGAAAAUGAUCAUUAAGUUA